UCUCUCUCUUUCCGUCGCCGACGAAGGAAGUGAAGAACCCUGAGGUCCCAAGUUUUAAUGGGCUCCUCCAAGGUUUAAUCAUCAAACCCACAAACGAUCUAACUUCCUCCUGAUGCUCCUACGUUCGCCGGCACGCCAUGUCGCCUUUCAGAUGCUUCUUCUCCACUCUCCUCGCAGAUUCUCCGACGCCUCUAGAUCCUUACGCCGCCAUCUCCGAGCAGGACAACACGCCCGAAUCCCACCCGAACUAAUCGAACGUGUCUCCCGUCUCCUCGUCCUCGGAAGGUACGAUGCUCUCCACGACCUCUCCCUCGACUUCUCCGACCGCCUCCUCAACUCCCUCCUCCGCGCCUCCCGCCUCCACCCUGAAGCCUGCCUCGAGGUCUUCUCUCUAGCCUCAAAGCAGCAGACUUUCCGACCCGAUUACAAGUCCUACUGCAAAAUCGUCCACAUCUUGUCCAGAGCCAGGAUGCACGACCGGACUCGAGCUUACCUACGCGAGCUCGUGGGACUCAACCACUCGUGCUACCUCGUCUGGGACGAGCUCGUCCGCGUCUUCAAGAGCUUCCGCUUCUCUCCCACCGUCUUCGACAUGGUGCUGAAGGUUUACGCGGAGAAGGGUCUGGUGAAGGAAGCUCUCCACGUGUUUGAUAACAUGGGUGGGAGAGGACUUGGGAGAGUGCCUAGCUUGCUGUCUUGUAACAGUCUGUUGAGUUGUUUGGUUAGGAAAGGUGAGAGCUUUGUGGCGCUGCGGGUCUACGAUCAGAUGAGGAGUCUUGGUGUUUCUCCGGAUGUGUUUACUUGCAGCAUCGUUGUGAAUGCGUACUGUAGAGAGGGAGAAGUGGAGAGAGCGAUGGAGUUUGCUGAAGAGAUGGAGAUGAAUGUGGUGACUUUUAAUAGUUUGGUUAAUGGUUAUGCUGUGAGUGGGGAUUUGGAGGGAGUGGCGAGAGUGUUGGGGUUGAUGUCUGAGAGAGGGGUUUCUAGGAACGUUGUUACUUAUACUUCGUUGAUCAAGUGUUAUUGUAAAAAAGGUUUGAUGGAAGAAGCUGAGAAGGUGUUUGAAUCUGUGGAGGAAGCGGAUCAGCCUGUGUACGGUGUGUUGAUUGAUGGAUAUUGCCGCAGUGGUAAAGUCAGUGAUGCUGUUAGAGUUCAUGAUGAGAUGUUGAGGAAGGGAGUGAGAACGAAUGAGACCAUUUGCAACUCCUUGAUCAAUGGUUAUUGCAAAGCUGGUCGAUUAGUUGCAGCGGAGAGAAUGUUGAUGCGGAUGAAAGAGUGGAGCUUGAAACCGGAUCAUUAUACUUACAACACCCUUGUGGACGGGUACUGCCGGGCUGGUCACGUCGACGAGGCUUUAAAGCUCUGUGAUCGAAUGUGCGAGAAAGAAGUUGUGCCAACGGUUAUGACUUACAAUACUCUUCUAAAAGGCUUUAGCCGAGUCGGUGCUUAUCACGAAGUUUUAAACCUUUGGAAGACGAUGACGAAAAGAGGUGUGAGCGGCGAUGAGGUUAGCUGUAGCACUCUUCUCGAAGCGUUGUUCAAGCUCGGCGAUUUUGAUGAAGCCAUGAAGCUUUGGGAGAACGUCUUAGCGAGAGGUCUUUUGACAGAUACGGUAACCUUGAACGUGAUGAUAAGCGGGCUAUGUAAAAUGGAGAAGGUCAACGAAGCAAGAGAGAUUCUAGACAGUGUUAAAACGUUCAGAUGUAAACCUGAUGUGCAAACGUAUCAAGCUUUGAGCCACGGUUACUACAAAGCCGGAAAAUUAAAAGAAGCUUUUGAGGUUAAAGAUUAUAUGGAGAGUAAAGGAAUGUUCCCCACAAUAGAGAUGUACAGCACUCUGAUAUCUGCUGCCUUCAAGUGUAGACAUUUGAAUAAAGUAACGGAUCUUGUAACGGAGCUACGUGCAAGAGGGUUAACUCCUACUGUUGCUACGUACGGAGCUCUCAUCACGGGCUGGUGCAAUACCGGAGCGAUGGAUAAAGCCUACGCCACGUGUUUAGAGAUGAUAGAGGAAGGUGGGAUUGAAGUGAAUGUGAAUAUCUGCAGCAAGAUUGCGACAAGUUUGUUUCGGCUUGGCAAGAUCGACGAGGCUUGUUUGCUGUUGCGUAAGCUUGUGGAUUUUGAUCUUCUUCUCCCUGGUUACCAGAGCUUCAAAGAGUUUCUUAGUCCCGGUGCUGCUACUACUACGUGUGUUAAAACACAGAAGAUCGCUGAUUCUGUUGCGAAUAGUACUACUACUCCUAAGAAGGUCUUAGUCCCCAACAACGUUGUGUACAACGUUGCUCUAGCAGGUCUGUGUAAAGCUGGGAAACUCAAGGAAGCUCGAAAACUCUUCUCGGAGUUGAUACUGCGCGAGGGGUUUAGUCCUGACGAAUACACGUACACGAUCUUGAUUCAUGGAUGUGCUGUCGAUGGUGAUGUUAACGAAGCGUUCAACCUUAGGGAUGAGAUGUCUGUGAAAGGUAUUACUCCUAACGUUGUUACGUACAAUGCGUUGAUAAAAGGCUUGUGCAAGUCAGGGAAUCUAGAUCGAGCUCAGAGGCUUUUGCGUAAGCUUCCACAUAAAGGGAUAACUCCUAAUGCGAUUACCUAUAACACAAUUAUUGAUGGACUGAUGAGAAGUGGUUGUUCGGAUGAAGCCAUGCGUUUAAAAGACAAAAUGGUUGAAAAAGGAUUGGUUAGAGGAGGAGUAUCUUAUAAACAAGGUGAUGGUGAUGAGAAGGUUAACCAGGUUUUGGAUCCGGUAAUCAAAUCAGGGAUUAGUAGUAGACAGAUGGAAGAGGAUUCAGAUGAGGUUUAUGAUGUUAGGAUAGUUUCCAGAGUAUAAGUAUGGUGUCGAAACUUGUGAGAAUCUUUCAAACCAUCACUUCAAUGUUGCCAUGAGUGAUGAUGUGAAACAGGAAUGGACGCUACUACGAAUAUCAUUUGGAUGUGCGCUUGUAUACUUGAAGGAAACAGUCUAAGAUCAUUGAAGUUGAGUCAUAUUCAUGAAGACUGAAGUGUCAAGCAGCUCCCUGAACCCUAACACAAGGCUUCAGGUACGCAUGGACUACACUUGUUCAAGAAUCCAAAUAGUGAAUAUGAAACUGUUCAUUAGAAGUCUUUUAGACUGUGACAAGACUGAAGAACUGACAAUUGUAAGUCGCCGGUUUUGAUAAGAUAAGAUAAGAUGAUCAACAGAUCAAACCAGUGAGCUCUCUGUUUCACAGUUGUUCCUUCCGAAAGACUUUGUGGGGUCAUGUACGAUUGUAAUGGUUAAUGUAACAACUGUAAUAAACGUGAUUGAUUAAUAACUAAGUUGCUUCAUACCAA